UCGACGCCCGACUGUGCUGCCACCGCUAGGACCAAAACGGCGCUACGUAUGAGCAUGAGUGUGAGUGAAGUUGGUGAAGUUUCGUGCUGUACGCGGUGAGUAUUUCCUUCACGGUUGAAUGUCAGAGCUUUACCUAUCAUCCUACGUUAAACAAUGCCUAAAAUGGAUUCGGAAACCACUCCGUGGAUGUUUACUUCACACAAGGGUCCCUCAAAGGAUAGCAUUACGGGACACAAACUCGCUCUGCUGGUCCUCGUGCGCGAGUACUGUCGGGUAAAAACCGGACAACAUCGCGGGCAAGGCGAAGAAGCGUGGUCACAUACAAACAAACAGUGCCGCGACUUCGCGAUAACAACCCUGAACCUCCUACAGAGCCCGGACAUGAGUUUAAGCCAACUUGCGGAACGUGUAAAGGAAAUACUCCAUCCACAGACCUACGAACUGUUCGUCGGCGCCCUGAAAACUCUCUACGAAGGAGGUGUUGCAGGUGUCAUGGACUACAUACCGCAGCUCGACACCUUGCUUGCCGAUCCUAACAUGACAACUGCAGUUCUCCACAAAAGCAGCGUGCUUGGCCUGUUCGUUCGCCGAAUGCUGCUUGCGUUGGAUAAGCUAAACUUCAAUAGCUUGAUGAAACUUCACUGCAAGUACCAGGAGUACUACAGAGAAAAUUUCGGAGACGAAGCCGUCAGACGCAAUGCUGAUACGCGCGUUAUGGCGUCUCAAAGGCAGGCCGACUAUUUUUUGGCCCAGCAGGUGGCGCUGAUGCACCUUAACGAGAAGCAAGCCUUGCCUCCGCCCGAGCUGCAGAGGAAGAUACGAGAGCUCCUGGCGGGUAACCCCGACAUAACUGAGGCGCAGUACGUCAGUUUCCUGAACUGCCUCAAUGUUAAAGAGUACUGCAAUGCGGUCGAAAGUCUGCACCACCAUUUCGACAGGAACAUCCAGACGCACGAGGGAACGUCGAAAAAUAACCAAGAAGAGUCCACGAAGAACCUGCGUUUUGCCGCUCUCAACCUCGCAAUGCUGCAUUUUAAGUUCGGGCACCGCAGAGAAGCGCUGACGCUACUCAGGGAGGCCGUCACUCUCGCCCAGGAGGCCAACGACAACUGUUUCUUACAACACGCACUCACCUGGUUGUCUCGGCUACAAGAAUUCGAUUAUCCAGACUCUAACAUUCGCGGUGCAGUCACCAAGUCGUCGGAGCUCGGUUUGUGGCAGAUUGCUUCCCUCGAAAUGCAGUCGCUCUGCCAGACUGGGGCCGAAAACGGGGCGAUGCCGGCCGCAGUGUUUGAACUGCUCUCGCGGAGCGAUCAACUCAACAUGGAGCACUCCAUGCUGGAGCCGACAGGUAUGGCUCUCGUCAGCCGAGCGGCGCUCUGGAACCUCUACGGCUUCAACCGCAUGUCUGUGCUGCUGUCACAGCUGUUGCUCCACCUGACUUGGAUCGACCCCCUAUGCGCUGGCGGGGUGCAACCCAUAGGGGAAGCGACGUGCCUCGCUCUGCGAAAUCUCGCCACGGCCUUUGCCCUCCGCGGAGACCAUCGCAAGGCAUCCGAAGUGAUCAAAUUUGCGUGUUCGCUUUUUCCGCCAUACUCGGACUUGCACGCUGUUCAGCAGCUCUGUGAACUGGAGUGCAGAUUUGAAGAAGCACUGUACGGCUGCGAUUGGCCCACUGCGGAGCAUCUCGUCUGCGGAAUCCACGUCCUAGACAGCCUCGAAGGUCGUUAUUGUAAGGCACGUCUUUCUCUCUGGCAGGAGCAUUUCCAGGAGGCUCUCUCCAUCACGGACGAGCUCUUGGAAGACCUUGCGGAACGUCGUCCGGAAGGCUUCAAAGGGAGCCCGGCUCAUUUCUUAGGGCGAGUCUUCCUGCUGAAAGCAGACAUAUACGUCGAGGCGUCUCAGCCGGUAGCUGCAAUACCCGUCCUUUCGCAGGGCAUGGUCCACGCGAAGCAACACCACUUGGCCUACCUACAGGCUGCUCUGAUCCUCCGCACAGCGGACGUACAGUUCAGGGUCGGACUGCCCGAGCAGGCCCAGGUGUUGCUCGAAGGCGUAGUCACGUUAAUUCUCGCCCAGGGUGGCCAAAACGACGUUGGAAAGCUCUGCCUGCUGCUGGCAAAAUGCGGCUUUGCCAGCGAGGGCCAGCGUGACUUGCAGGCUUCGGCGAGGCUCGCGUCUCGAGCCCUGGAGUGCUUCAAGUCCGUCAGGUCCAACCGGGGCGUGAGGGAGGGUGCGUACUGGCUGGCGUUAAUAAGCGACGCUGCCGGACUGGAGGAACAGAGAAACGAUGCUGCGCAGACCUUCCGCAAGGCGGACCGCGAAAUGGCGGAAAAGUUGCUGUACGUUGUGUGAACGCUGGUGGCGUAGCCAAGAUGUGUAACUACGAUGUACAUACUAAUUGCUGUAUUUGUACAUAGUGAGGUUUCAGUGAAUGUGGGCUUCAAACGUUACGAUUAAAACAUCCACCACAAGAAUGUCACUGUCGGAGACUUCUCACCAGUCUCACCAGGUGGCGGCACAGAACCUGUCACAUUUCACGGUCACCUUACCCACGACUGCCUCUUUUUUCCUUGUUUUAGGCUCUGGCUAACUAGUACUGUUGGCAACAAUGUAGGAAGGCAAAAACACCUAACAAGUUGUAAAGGAACUGUUCUGAAGCCGGGCUCUUUCGACAGCUGCUAUAUUUCAAUCUUCCGUGCACCUAACAAGGAUUUCUUUAGGGCAUUCGAGGGCAACUAACUGGUUUGGUUUAUGUUUGAUUAGUCAUGUUGUUCUUGUUCCAUUCUUGAUUGAGGGAGUGACGGAUUGAAAAUGGUGUUUCUUGACAGGUUCCCAUGAACAGUAUAGCCUUUAUUUGGAACAAAUGGUCACUACACGAAGGAACUUAGUAGACAGUCUGGUGUGAUGUAUUCCGAAAUAUUUGGCAUUCUGAAAAGCGUUAGAAACUGUAAGAUAACGAGCCUGUGUCUGACAGCGGAUUGCUCCUUUAAUGUCACCUUGAGUUACACUGUAAUUGAGUACAUUGAUGUAUAAGUUAUUGAGCAGCAGGUCACAUGGUUACAAAAACCUGUCGAUGGUGUAGAGUGGAGUCAUUGCCCUAUGACGUCACAAAGGACUUUCUGUGAAGCGUUUGGCAAUCGCCGUCAAUCCUGCCAGGAAUAUUUUCAUCUGACUUUUUCUUCCUCAUUGCUGUUCUUGCAGUUGGGUCUUGUUUGCCAUCUCUUAGUGACAUAAUGUUAGGGGUGCCAGAAAAUGGAGAGUUUGAUGCAGAGCUAAAACUACUUGUCUGAUUUUAAUGAAUUCUUUGCAGUCCUUGC